AUGAAAGCUGAAAAUAUGUCGAGAACAUCAUUGGAAUGUAUUACUUCUGUCAUCCACUGGUCGACGCAUAUUCAUUCUGAUUCGGCUGUUGCAAUUAUACAACAAGUGUUUGAUAAUAAAAAAGCAUUUACUAUAUGGGAAAAAGAUGAUCUUGUAUUUGGUCAUUACAUAGUUCAUUAUUUUACGCAUGGAUGCGAAUUUAGUUUAAAAGAGAAACAUAUUUAUCCAAUUCUACAAGAUGAUAUAUCAUUCGAGGGUCAAAUAUCAGUAAUGAAUUUUGACAAUUUACAAACAAAUUAUCGAAAAGAACUAGAGCAAUUUCUUGAUGAUAAAAAACAUGAGCAACAGCAACGGAAACAGUUCUUGAUUAUAUAUAGUAAACAUCCAUUACAAACUGAAAUGAAGAUCAGAUUUUUCGGAGAAAAAACAUUGGUGAAAAAUUCUGCACGAGAAUUACGAAAUUUAAUGAGUAAACAUCAAAUAAAAGUUGUUAAUAUUGGACUUGAUUUUGAAAGAGUAAGUCAACAUUUUGCAAAGUUUUUCUGUCGAUAA